AUGGAAUAUGAUAGAAACGGAUCAAGAAUCGCAAAAAAUAACGGGCUUAUUACCGCAUCGAUUAUGGCGUUAGUAAUUGUAAAAAAUAAAAACUUUAUCGCAGUAGUGUGUUGUAAUGCAUUUCUUAUUCAGCUACUGUAUUAUUUAUCACAAGAUCGGGCAAUUCUUGUUGAAGAUCGAAGUUAUGGGAUUGUUGCGAACGAAGGUCAACAAACUCGUUAUGUUAUUGAGUCAGGACGCUGUUCUGAUGUAACUAAAAAUUGCUACAUUGUUUAUGACGAUGUUGAUAUACUUACUAAUGAUGUAAAUCGUUAUCUGUUAUUGCAAGAUGUAAGAGAACCCGAGACUGCUGUUCGUCUCAUUCCAGCUGCAGGUAUCAAGUCUAAAGAAUCGGAUUCGCGAUUUUGGAAGGUGAAUCACACUCAUAUUAACACUCAGUAUGUAGCAGUUAUGUUGACAGUGCCAUUUGGAGUUGCUACAUUGGCAUUAUCAGAUUAUAUGAAUCAUGCUGCAGAUGUUCUCAUAGUUGGUCUUGGUGGUGGCAGCAUGAAUAUGUUUCUAGCAAGUCACUUUCCGAAGAUGGCAAUAACUGUUGUUGAAUUAGAUCCCAUUGUUAUUGACAUAGCAUAUCAAUGGUUCGGUCUAGAAGAAAAGGAGAAUGUUAAAAUCAUCACAUCUGAUGGUGUAGAAUUUAUAAGAGGAGCAGCAGAUAAAAGUAGUUUGUUUGACAUCGUAAUGAUUGAUGCAUGCGGCAAAGAAGGUGAAAUAACUUGCCCAGCUAUAGCAUUCACCCAGUCAUAUUUUAUAGAAAAUUUGAAAAAAAUUUUAAAACCAACAGGAGUUGCAGUACUAAAUGUCUUGCCAACCGAUGAUGUUACGGAGCCGGUCAAAAAGUUGGUACGGAAAUAUAAUGAGCAAUUUCCAACAUGUUCGGUUGUUCGACUUUUUCGUGAAAUGAAUACCGUACUUUCUUGUCAAAUUCUGGAACUUUCUGAUCCUCACACUAGUCAGCGUUUGAUAUCAAAGCAGUUUCAAAAUUCUUGGGAACAUUUCGGCUUCAGUCACCAGUUUGGUGUUAUGGAGAUGGUACUUACAAACAGUGGAAAACAGAAUGAUAGCAACUGAAU